GCGGAAAUGGACUAGACCCACUCUUUUCACUGCUCCGUGGCAUCAUUUGUUUCACUGUCCGGCCACCGCUGAGGGAUUUUACACCUAAAUCUUUUAUUUUUUACCAAGUACCGGAAUGGAGAGCGAACAAAACAAGUGACCGCUGCAUGGAUUUUCCUCGGACACGUUUCAAAAACAUUAAGAUGCCGUCCCUUCACAAAAGCAAUAGACAUACUCAUGGAUAGCUCUUAAGUGAAUAUGGAUAAAUGGUUGAGACUGUGUUCCUAAUUGCAUUGGGAGCAUUUGUAGUGAUGUGACUGUCUAGUGGAAGUCAUUGGAGGACCAUGCAGACUGGUGAGCCUUAGCCGCUGCAGCGAUGCCCAGGCGCGGGUUACAGGUCCACGGCCGCGUCCGGUGGCUUUUCCUGGGCCUGUGCCUGCUCCUGGUUCUCCUCCUGUUCGCCUAUCUGCUCGAAUGCACCCCUCCCACAGACCUCAAUCUGUCUGCUCCCGGAGUCGAACAGUACGGACGGGAAUACUACCAGGCUUUACUCCAGGAACAAGAGGAACGUCAUCUAAACCGCGCUGCCAGCUUAAAACGUCAAAUCGCACAGCUCAAGCAAGAACUGCAAGAAAUGAGUGAGAAGUUAAAAGUAUUACAGGAUAAAAAGGAGGUUCCCAUGGUGCAAGGGUUAACCGAAACUAAAGACCAAGAACCUAGUGAUCUUUUAGAAUACUUGCACUCUCAAAUCGACAAAGCUGAAGUGAACACAGGAGCGAGACUGGCCAGUGAAUACGCACUGGUGCCAUUUGAGAGUUUUACGUCGUCUAAAGUUUAUCAGUUGGAGAUGGGUUUAACGCGGCACCCAGAGGAGAAGCCCGUGAGGAAGGACCGCAGGGACGAGUUGGUGGAGGUGAUUGAAGCUGCGCUGGAUAUUAUCAAUAACCCUGAUGAAGAGGAUGGAGCAGAGGAGGAAGGGCCCAUGCAGAGGCAGCUGUACACAGAGGCACAUUUUACUGAAGGGCUGUACAGGACAGAGCGGGACAAGGGCAGUCUGUAUGAACUGUUUUUCGCUAAAGAGGAUUCAAAUAGUUUUCGUCACGUGACCUUGUUUCGUCCGUUUGGUCCGUUGAUGAAAGUGAGGAGCAUGUCGGUGGACACUUCGGGAAUCAUCAUAAACAUUAUCGUUCCUCUGUCUGGACGAGUGGAGACGUUCACACAGUUUUUAAACAAUUUCAGGGAGGUGUGUAUCCAGCAGGACCGGAGAGUGUACCUCACUGUGGUUUACUUUGGGCAGGACGGGCUCCCCGAGGUCAGGUCCUCUCUGGAAAAACUAUCACGGGAGGAGGGCUUCUCGAACUACAGCCUGAUCCCGGUAGAGGAGGAGUUUUCUCGGGGCCGUGGUCUGGAUAUCGGGGCCCACGCCUGGACCAAAGGAGAUGUGCUCAUGUUCUUCUGCGACGUCGACAUCCACUUUAACGCAGACUUCCUCAACACCUGCCGCCUCAACGCUGCUCCUAAUAAAAAGGUGUUUUAUCCAGUGGUCUUCAGCCUGUAUAAUCCUGCUAUUGUCUAUGGAAACUUGGAGCUGGCUCCACCGAUCGAACUGCAGCUGAUUCAUAAAAAAGAUGCUGGAUUUUGGAGAGACUUCGGUUUUGGCAUGACCUGUCAGUACCGCUCAGACUUCUUAAAUAUUGGUGGUUUUGACCUGGAGGUGAAAGGCUGGGGUGUAGAGGACGUACAUUUGUAUAAAAAAUACCUGCGCAGUGACGUGAUCGUGGUGCGAGCUCCGGUCUCCAGUCUUUUCCACCUUUGGCACGAGAAACAGUGUGCAGACGAACUGACCCCUGAGCAGUACCGCAUGUGCAUCCAGUCCAAAGCCAUGAACGAGGCCUCCCACCCUCACCUGGGCAUGCUCGUGUUCAGAGAGGAGAUAGAAGCCCACCUCCGGAAACAGGCUUUCAAGACGCAGAGCAAGAGGGAGGAGUGAGAUGAGAAAUGAAAACUACGCUGUAAAAAUAAAUCAAUAGGAGGUACUUGAAUUCAGGAUAUUAAACAAUUAAUUUGAGUUGUUUUGACGAAUUGGUUUCAGUCAAGUUUAGUCCUGAUGUAGACUUGGUUUGGUUCUCGUCUAAUCCAAAUUUAACACUUUUGAUAUUAUUAUUAUUUGCAUUUUAACAUGGAGUAAACAACAACAAAUCAUCAAUGACUAAGAUUAAGGGUCACAUGCAUUUUUCUUGGCCUUUUUAAAACACAGAUGACUCAAAAAAGUGUGUAAAAUCAAACACAAUUUUAGGUUUUUAAUGAGCAAACAAUACAAAAAUUCAAUGAAGUGUGUACUGUGUGACCCUAAUCUUCUGAAUUCAAGUACAACCUAUGCUUUUUAUGUAAUAACCUGUAACAAAACUGUAAUUACCUGCUUCCCUAAAUAUACAAUAAAAAUACAACGCAAUACAAAAUUAAAAUAUAAAAUAUAAUGUAAUUACAGGUUGUUACAGGGCGUUACAUGAGUGUGACAAUUAUUUUUGCAGUGUAGCUUUAACAUGAAGACUGGACCAAGCCUGUUUACAUGAAGCCCACUGCAUUUCACUGCACAUCGGAGACAAAUGAAUGUACCAAAACCAGUUCAUUUAUUAAUGUGAAAAUGUGAAGCUUCACAAAAUGAUACGAUCAAACGGGACAAUUUUAAUAUUUAAAUCGCUGCUGGGAGGCUCGACAUACGAACAACUGCCCGACGAAGCGAGAGAAAAGAAGAGACAGAUGUUUUACUUUGGAACAACAUAAGCCAUUCAAACUGAUCUUUACAAUGCUUAAUGUUAUUUUAUUUCAUAGUCUCUGCUGCUUAACUAAUCUUUUAACUUUAUAUUUAACCUCUGGGAGGACUUCGGCAUUCCUGAACGUUUCAUUGAAGACUUGGUUCAUUAAACUUGAACAGAAUUGUAAAGAAAGACCAAUUAUUACCAGCAAAUGUUUUGGUAGGUUUUGUCAAAGGGCACAAUGUAAAUGUAGAAAGGAGUGUGAUCAAAUGUACAUCACACAAAAAUGACCAUAUUUAAGCUUUUUAUUAAGUCUUUGACCUUACUAUCUCAACUUAAUUUUCCUAUAUGUGAACCCAUAUUUGUGUUACUUAAAGGCGCACUAUGUAACAUUUCUAGUAGGAGGUUCGUUGCUAUGGAGAUAUUGCUUUGCCUGAAAUGUUCCACAGUACAGUCUUAAACUUAUCUAACAAUUAUUUAUUCCAUUACAGGUGAUUUUAGUCCUCAAAAAUACCUUUAAAAACAUACUUUCUUGCAGUCUCAUGGUCUCUUCUGCUUGUCUUUAUAUGGAGAUUAUAUGGGAGUUUAAUGCCAUACUGUGGAACUUUCCAGGCAAAGCAAUAAUAUCUCCAUUGAGACAAGCAGAUGGUAGACCCCGCACCAGAAAAGUUACAUAGUGCAUCUUUAAUUUCUGCAGACAAUAGUUGAACUACCUGAAUACCGUCCAAUGGCACAAUGUAAGAAAAUGUAAAUUAUACAUUGUAAAACUUUGGGCCUAAAACUGCAACAUGUUGUUUUAUAGAAGCAUGAAUCUCAUUUUAACUAAAUAAAGCUCUAGUUUUGAACCCGUUAACUACAAGACCAAAUUAUAAGCAUUAAAAGUUCUAGAGAAGUCUCGGAUUAAGCUUACGGAUGCACCUAUACUGGGAAUGGUAUUGACUU